CCUCUUUGCGGUGGUUGUCGCCGAGCGUAAUCGUACAUCUGCUCUCCUGUGGCAGAGGCUAGGCGCGUCCCGACCAUCGCACCUCUGCCGGUGUUCCUUUUGGUCAUCCACCCCGUAUCCAGUUGCUUUGAAGCUCAUAAGUCCCUGAACUUGAAGCUUAUGAGCAUCCAGGAUAGAGCAGAAGCAACAGCGAAGGAAAGCUCCAUCUCCCCGCUCUUCUGAUUCUGCAUUUUACUGAGACAACCAUUUUAUGAGAUUUUAGAGAGAGGCACCGCCAUGACUGAGAAUGAUGUUGACAAUGAACUGCUGGAUUAUGAGGACGAUGAGGUGGAAAACCAAGCAGCUGGAGAAGGAGUGGAUGUCCCUUCUAAGAAAGAUGUCAAAGGAUCCUAUGUGUCCAUCCACAGUUCUGGCUUCCGUGAUUUCCUGUUAAAACCAGAACUGCUGCGUGCUAUUGUCGAUUGUGGCUUUGAGCAUCCCUCAGAAGUGCAACACGAAUGUAUCCCACAGGCAAUCUUGGGCAUGGAUGUCCUGUGCCAGGCUAAAUCUGGCAUGGGCAAGACUGCCGUUUUUGUUCUUGCAACACUUCAGCAGUUGGAGCCAGUCACAGGACAGGUGUCCGUGCUGGUGAUGUGUCACACCCGUGAGCUGGCCUUCCAGAUCAGCAAGGAGUAUGAGCGGUUUUCCAAAUACAUGCCGAGCGUCAAGGUGGCUGUGUUCUUUGGGGGCCUGUCCAUCAAGAAGGACGAGGAGGUGCUGAAGAAGAACUGCCCGCACAUUGUGGUGGGAACCCCGGGCCGUAUCCUGGCUUUGGCCCGCAGCAAGAGCCUCAACCUGAAACACAUCAAGCACUUCAUCCUGGACGAGUGUGACAAGAUGCUUGAGCAGCUUGAUAUGCGCCGGGAUGUCCAGGAGAUCUUCCGCAUGACCCCACAUGAAAAGCAGGUCAUGAUGUUCAGUGCCACUCUCAGCAAGGAAAUCCGCCCUGUGUGCCGCAAAUUCAUGCAAGACCCCAUGGAGAUCUUCGUGGAUGACGAGACCAAGCUGACGUUGCAUGGUCUGCAGCAGUACUAUGUCAAACUGAAAGACAACGAGAAGAACCGCAAGCUCUUUGACCUGCUUGAUGUGCUGGAGUUCAAUCAGGUGGUCAUCUUCGUGAAGUCCGUGCAGCGCUGCAUAGCACUGGCCCAGCUACUGGUGGAGCAGAAUUUCCCCGCAAUCGCCAUCCACAGGGGCAUGCCCCAGGAGGAGAGGUUGUCACGGUACCAGCAAUUCAAAGACUUCCAGCGGCGCAUCCUGGUGGCCACCAAUCUCUUUGGCCGGGGCAUGGACAUCGAACGGGUCAACAUAGCUUUUAACUAUGACAUGCCAGAGGAUUCCGACACCUAUUUGCACCGGGUGGCUCGUGCUGGACGCUUUGGCACAAAGGGUCUAGCCAUCACCUUUGUGUCAGAUGAAAAUGACGCUAAGAUCCUGAAUGACGUGCAGGACCGUUUCGAGGUGAACAUCAGUGAGCUUCCUGAUGAGAUUGACAUCUCUUCCUACAUUGAACAAACCCGAUAAAGGGGGCUUUGCCUCUCUACAUUGACCUUGGUUCUACUUCUUGACCUCCUUCACUUCCCUGAAACUUCACGUUUAAUUUCACCUGAUGGAGAAUGAGGUGACUGACAGUCUGGAACACACCAACACACCCCAUUCCGGUGGCAGGGAUGGAAGAGCUUCUGCUACUGGGCUGUGCAUAGUGGAGCGUGCGUGCCUGACCUCAGCAGACUUCCUGUGCUUCCCAGAGCCCUGAGAGAGCCCUCAGGGCAAAAGUCCCAUGGCUUAGCUGGUGCUAAGAGGGCCCCACUGCUGGUGCCAGUACACAAGACCUCUUGCUGAUGGAUUUCCACUGCCUGCCAGCCAGCCAGCCAGCAACAUUUUGGGACUUCACCUGUUGUAUUGCUCUAGUUCAUCCUUGUGUCAGCACUACCCUUUGAUCUGCCUCCACACAGGGAAGCACAAAAGGGGGGGAAGGAAUUAAGGCACGCUCGGAAUUUCUGGCAUUUCAAAUUACAUUUUGUUGGAGGAAAAACUUCUGGAGGAGAGGCAAGGAAGCUAAAUACAUGAACAUUCUUUUAUAUGCCCAUUCAUGCUGUUUUUAAGAUAUUUGUUUUUCUUAGUGUGCGUUCCUCCCAUUUUUAAUUUUGUCUGCAUGUUAAAAUUAAUCCCUUGUCCCAGCUGGUAUCUCUUGGCAGGUAAAGUAGUAGUGAAAGAUGGAUAAUGUUUUAGCUGUGGCUUGUUCUCUCCCUUUGAUACCCUCUUAUUUUUUGGUAAUAAAGGAGCCCAGCUCUUAUGGGUGUCUAAUUAAACUAGUCUUGUGAGUAA